CUGACACGGCAAUGGUAUAACGUGGCUUUAGACUCUGAUGAUAAACGAGACAGUCGUUUUAACUUAUUACUUCCCGCUUAAAAAUAAACCCUUUGUGGUUACUGUUCACCAUUUAUGAAUCAUCUCCUGAAGAAUUAAAUCGUCAAAAGAUACACUGUAAGGCGUGUACUGUAACGUUUAUUAAUUAAAAGUAGACGGAAAGUUCCGCGGAGCAUUAACUUAUAUUGACUCUCUCGAGAGUAGGAUGUUAGAUUGAACAUCGCGACUGGUAAAAAGUCUAGGAUUAUGUAUCAUCAGCAGAAAGAGAUGAUGGAGUAUUGACUAUUAUUAACUCCUAUCCAACUAAAGUUAUGAUGACGAUUUUGAGAACAGAUGGGAAAAUUAUUUCCAUUCUACUAGGUUGGAGGUGGAGUACUCGGACAAAUAAUUUGAAUUGUCCUUCCCAUACCCGGUUACUUCUGUUUGUAUUAAACGGCUCAAACCCAAUUUAUAAAACUAGGAGAAUUGUAUGGACGAAAAUGACACUUUUGAAAUGCUUGGAAGAUUUUUCAUCAAGAAUAAAGGUCAUUUGGAUUGAAAUCUUCAUGAUUUGAGGUGCAUUGAAGGUAUCGAGGAAUAUAAUUCGUACGAUUUAUUAUUCAUCUGUCUGUAAGGAUAUCAAAGAACUACUACAUCAAAGUAACCACUGGACGAUGUGAUGAUCUGGGGCUAGUCUCCAAAUUCUUCACAGAGAUUUUGAUUUAACUCGUGACAAAGAGUUCGAAGUUUUGCCACUUCAAAUUUGCGAUAUCUGGUUGAUGUUUGUACCUAAAAGGAAUCUCAACUUGGAAUGUCGACUGUUGGAGACCUGUCAACAAGCCCUUUGCCUAGUUUCUUGCCAUUUCUCCACCCUAUAGUUCUGUUCCAAAGUAUGAGAGGUUUACAUUUUGAUAGUGAAUUGAAAUAGUGUAUACAUUUUGAAAUAGCUAACGAUUUUUGCCGGCUCGCUUUGUGGAACAUUACUAUAAAUGAUUUGAGGUCUGUAACUCGGAAUUCUGCUGCACUGUGCUAACUAUAGGGCAUUCUUUUCAAAGGAUAGUAUCCACAAGAGCAAUUGAACACAAUGAUCAAUUCCAGCAUGGAGGUAGUCGUAUCAACCGAUACGGAUGAUGUUGAUCUUUCUGAAGAUGCUAUGGGAGAGGUCAACCCAAUCCCUAUUGACAUCGAAGACGAGGAGAGGCUCAGGGUGUCGCCGUCGAGGAAGUCUCGACUCACUGCAUCUGACCUCAUCAGCGUGUCGUCAUCCUUACCAGACUCUGUCUUACCCCAGUAUCCCGACGUCUCGAUCGCACCGUCGAUCACCAGCUCAAUGAAGCCACAUAUCUCUAAGUCGGUCGAAGAUCUCCUGAUUAGUGCCGACCUAGAGAAUUGUCGUAAUAGGUUAUCGAGACAUGGAUACGAUUCGAUGAGGAGUUUGAGAUUGGCAUCUAAGGAAGAUUUAGUGGAGAUAGGCCUACCCAGAGGCCAUGCUGGACUUCUUGUAUAUGCUAUUGCUCAGGAAGAUAAAGGACACGGUCCCGGCAAGGGCCUGACUCAGAUAGAAACGAGGAAGCUUGAAGAUCAAGUCUUAACACCCAAAGUUUUAACUUCUAGCGAAGCGAUCUCCGCCAUGAGUGGAAAGGGCGACUACAAAGUAGUGCCAGGAGGCGGAGCAAACGAUGUCGGGAAAGACCUCGGAGUUAAAGACCCGAAGGCGGCCGCUCCCGACCGAGAAGGAUGGGGAAAGAAGCUGGAUUUCCUCCUGGUCUGUAUCGGCUAUGCCGUUGGGUUGGGAAAUAUCUGGCGCUUUCCUUACCUCUGUUAUACCCAUGGGGGAGGUGUAUUCCUGAUCCCCUACUUUUUGAUGCUGUUUCUGGCCGGUAUGCCUCUCAUGUUCUUGGAGUUAGCCUUCGGUCAGUAUGGAGGCGAAGGACCAAUCACCAUCUGGAAAGCAUGUCCCCUUUUCGCAGGUAUCGGAUGGGCUAUGGUGAUGAUCUCAGGCAUGGUGGCCAUCUACUACAACAUCAUCAUGGCGUGGACUACACUUUUCUUCGUGCGUUCGUUCACAUCUGAGGUGCCAUGGAAAUCAUGCAACAACACGUGGAACACGGACGCAUGUCAGGAAAACUCAUCCGUUGCCAUGGAUAUGGGUUUGAAUGAUACCAAGCGCCCAUCCCAGGAGUUUUACUACAACUAUGUAUUAGGUGUUGAUGGUCACAAUCUAGAUGACAUGGGCGCUAUGAAAUGGGAGCUUGUUGUAUGCCUUCUCUUCUCCUGGAUUGUCAUCUUCUGCUGCAUCUGCAAAAGUGUGAAGAGCUCUGGCAAGGUGGUAUACUUUACUGCAACCUUUCCCUAUGUGAUUCUCACAAUCCUUCUCAUCCGAGGCGUGACUCUACCAGGAGCAGAUAUUGGUAUCAACUACUACCUAUCACCUCGCUGGGAGAAACUCAAGGAGACUCGAGUUUGGGGUGCAGCAGCAACACAGAUCUUCUACUCUCUUGGACCUGCUUGGGGUGGAGUUCUUACUUUCUCUAGCUACAACAAGUUCAACAACAAUUGUAUUGUUGAUGCAAUCUGUAUCCCCAUAAUCAACUGUUUGAGUAGUUUUUAUGCGGGAUUCGUAGUCUUCUCAACGCUGGGAUUCAUGUCCUAUAAGACUGGCAUCUCAAUUGAUCAAGUCGCAGUCAAAGGUCCAGGUCUUGUUUUUGAGACUUAUCCGGAAGCAAUUUCCCAGAUGCCUGUUGCCCCUCUCUGGGCUAUUCUCUUCUUCUUCAUGUUCUUCCUUGUCGGACUUGAUACACAGUUCGGGAUGGUGGAGACUGUUGUGAGUGGACUGGUUGAUUACUUCCCGAAUCAUUUGAGAAAACAUGGCACCUUAGUGGCCCUUAUAGUCUGUGUGUUCUUCUUUCUUCUUGGACUUCCCAUGGCUUCUCAGGGUGGAAUUUAUAUGUUUGAGUUGAUAAACUGGUACAGCUGUUGGAUAUCCCUCAUGUUGGUGGGCUGUUUUGAGUGUUUGGCUGUUGUUUAUUUCUAUGGUGUGUGUCGUUUCAUGGGUGAUAUCAGACGUAUGGUUGCCGAGUACAAGUGGAUGCAACCUGUUCUGACACCACUCCUUUACUGGUAUUCAAGUUGUUGGCUCGUCAUUACUCCUGCCAUUAUACUGUUCAUAACAGUGUUUGGAAUGAUCAACUACGUUCCUGUCUACUUUGGGGACUAUGUCUACCCUAAGUGGAGUGAGGUGCUUGGCUGGCUAAUGGCCGUUGUACCUCUACUGACCAUCCCGCUUGUGAUGGUCAUCAAGCUAUGCUUUGCUUCAGAAGGAGAAAAUUAUGCUCAGCGUUUUCUGUUUCUUCUCAAGCCAACACCUGAAUGGGAAAACAAAGAGAAACAGUUUCAAGCCAAGACCCAUCUACCACUGGCAUAUGAGAAAGAUGUUGAGCUAGACUCCCUCAAAACCAACGGGAUGUAUGCGUAAGAAGACUAUGAAAGGAGUAGUAUCUUUCUUCUUGCCGAUACCUAGAAGAAGAUUAAAAGUGAGACUUGUAAGAAAAGACAGGAAUGUUGUUUGUGUGUUAGAAUUUAGAAGCUGAAGUUAUGCUCUUUGGAUUUUUUCUUCUUUUUUUUUGUCGUUUGUGGCAGUGAUUUGAAGAGGGAAUGAGAAUUGUCUCCGUUCAAAUCAUAUCAAGAUGGGAAUAAUUCAUCUUGCCUGUUUGUAUAUGAAAGAGAAUGUUAAUCUCGCCAUAUGUAAUUAUACAAAAGAGUAUUUAAUCUCUUUGAUUGGUAAUUAUACAAGGGAGGCUAUUAUCUCUCGAUUUGUAAAUAAUCAACUGGGAAUGCUAAUCUCUCGGUUAGUAGAAUAGAAAGGGACCAUACUGAUCUCUCAUUUUUAAGAUAUAGAUGCGGAGUAUGAAUCAGCUUUUUAAGGAAUUUUGAAGGAUAGAAUGGGAGCUUUGCACUCCUGCUUUGCAAAAUAUCAAGGAAUGAAUUACUCCAUAUUGCAUGCCAAAGAUUGGUUUCUUAUUAGGUGGAGAUAACUUUGCAGCAGAUCAGCUUAAAAGCUAUGUGAUGAAAAGGUGAAAUGAAUGUUAUUGUGUUGUGUUUGGGAAAAGACUUCUAACUGGGAAAUAAUUGAAGUAGUCUUUGAGAAGUUGUAAGAAAUCAAUGCUCUCAGGAACAAUGGUACAGUGAUCUUUUACUCCUGAUGACUGAGAUGUUAGGGAAGGGUACAAAUAAUAAAGAGUAAUGUAACUGUCAUUGGUUCAAAGGAUUUAAUUUGUAAUAAGAGAUAGAUGAAAAAAUGAGAAGAGGAAAAUAAUGCCUUUGAGUUUUGUUCAACAUUAAAGAUAUACUCUUUGCUGACUUGUGUCAAACUAGCUUUUCACUCACUCCACUUUUCUGUAAAAUCCUAAUAAAGGAGUUGAAAUGCAAUGAACGAUUCCUAUAAUUGAAUAGAGAGAAAGUUCUCAACAUUUAUUUUGACUGUAAAUACAUGGCAAUUUGUGACAAUUUCGAUAGACAGCUUCUGUUUAUAAUAGUAUAGAAUUUCAUAAUGUUAUAUAUGUAUUCUAUAUUACCACACUUGAGUUCAGGCUAUUUUUUUUUUGGGGGGGAUAGUGUUUUGAUUUGUUUUUCAUUUGAAUUAUUCAUGUUUGGAUAUGACAGUUAUACAGUACAAUUAUAGAGCCAUGAUACAAAAAUAUUUUAUUUUAUUCUUCACUACUUCCAUUACAAAGAAUGAUUCUUCCGGGGAUAUUUAUUAAUGGAUUAAUCGUGAUUGAGAUCACCUAUUGAGAAUGGAGUUAUAAGGGGAGAGAUAAAGUACUAACUCUGACCAAAGGCUCAUUAAAGUUUGAUUUGAGUCCACUCAUGUCUUAUCACACUACUUAUACAUUCAGAGACUAGUUCAACCAUGGUUUGAAUCUGCGCUUCAACUAUGGAUAGCCAUGUAUUACCAAAAUAAUAUUUCUAGUUAAAAUAGAUUACAUUU